UAAUGAGAGGAGUGUUCGAGAAACGUUAAUCUUGUCAAUCAUUAUCUCUUAUUCAACGGAUAACGUUAGUACUGCGUCAGCAUUCAACAGCUCUUAUAUAACCUCGUACGCUGUAAGAAUCCCAUAAACGAGAAAAUAGUGUAGUGAAGUUUAAUUUGUGAAAAAGUAAAGUAAUAAAGUGAUGGAGAUAAGAGUAGGGACAAAGUUACUAUUACUUGCAUUAUGCUUAUUGAUAUCCGCCGUGAUUGGUGGUUACUGCCACCGUCUGACGGCGGAUAUGCGGUGGCAAGUUUUGAACCGAAGGCAGCAGCAAAAUGAGAAAGUGGAUUCAGUUGACAGUACUCGACGUAAUUUGCUCUCCAAUGGACUCGGCUUGACUCCUCCUAUGGGGUGGAGUAGUUGGAAUCAUUUUGGCUGCAACAUUGAUGAGAAAGUCAUAAGAGAAACUGCUGAUGCCUUGGUUUCAACUGGUCUUGAUAAGCUGGGAUAUAAAUAUGUCAAUAUCGAUGACUGCUGGGCGGAAUCUCAACGUGAUGAUCAGGGAAAUUUUGCACCUAAAAAGUCCACAUUUCCUUCUGGAAUGAAAGCUCUAGCUGACUAUGUUCACAGUAAAGGUCUUAAGCUAGGAAUCUACUCAGACGCAGGGUAUUUUACUUGCAGCAAGAAAAUGCCUGGUUCACUUGGUCAUGAGGAACAAGAUGCAAAAACUUUUGCAGCAUGGGGUAUUGAUUAUUUGAAGUAUGAUAAUUGCAACCAUGAUGGAACAAAGCCAACUGUGCGAUAUCCUGUAAUGACAAGAGCUCUAAUGAGUGCUGGACGACCUAUCUUCUUUAGUCUUUGUGAAUGGGGCGACUUGCAUCCGGCAUUGUGGGGUGGCAAAGUAGGUAAUAGCUGGAGAAACACAAACGAUAUCACUGAUACAUGGGAAAGCAUGAUUUCUAGAGCAGACCAGAAUGAAGUUUAUGCAGAACUUGCAAGGCCUGGUGGCUGGAAUGAUCCCGACAUGCUUGAGGUGGGAAAUGGAGGUAUGACAAAGGAUGAAUACAUUGUCCACUUUAGUCUCUGGGUGAUUUCAAAGGCUCCCCUUAUCAUCGGUUGUGAUGUGAGAAACUUAUCAAAUGAUACCAAAGAAAUACUUGACAACAAGGAGGUCAUUGCUGUAAACCAAGAUGAAUUAGGCGUCCAGGGCAAAAAGGUCAGAAUGGAAGGCGAUAUUGAGGUCUGGGCAGGGCCUUUAUCAGGCUAUAGAGUAGCUUUAGUGCUUCUCAACCGUGGUCCUCAGAAAUAUGAAAUAACAGCACACUGGGAUGACAUUGGAAUCCCUCCUAACAGCGUCGUAGAGGCAAGAGAUCUUUGGGAGGUAUGUCUUUGUUACAUUUCCUAAUCUGUCUUUGCUAUAAAUUGAUACUUUCUUGUUGAUCUUGUUUAUUUGAUCAACUAUGUGACCAAAUACUCUGUAUGCCUAGAUUAGACUCACCAAUGUAAAAAGGGUAAAUAUGACAUGGAUACAAGUACUUCAUAGACCAUAGUGAUCCUUUAGAAUGCUCUGGAAAAACAUUAAAUAACUUGAACAUACUUGUGAAUUUUACAUACCUCUACAUAAUACUUAGCCGGAUCCAUA